GAGAAAUAUCCGGCGAAACACAGAGAUCCGACGCGAUGAAGCUAUUUGCGCGUCCUAAGUACUUUUUCGAAGCAACAGCAUUGGUGACAACUAUCAGCCAUAUAUCUGGACUUCGUGUUUUUGAAUAUCCUCGUGGUCAUCCAAGACCUAUACUCAGCCUGACCUAUCUCUUGUUCCUUUACAUUGUAUUUUGCAAUGGCUGGUUGCGCGUGCAUGGAAAAUACUACGCAAACGUUAGACUGAUGAAGCUGGAGUACGUCCUGUACCAAUUAUUAAAGUACGUUGUUAUUGUAUCCGUGAUAAUGAAGAUGUUGCUAGGCUGGUGGCAUACGAAGAAAUUUAAAAUUUGCCACAAAAAGAUCUCCGAGAUCGACGCAACGUUGCGACAGCUGGGACUGACAGUGAAUUAUGACAAAAUAUAUUUCGCGACGAUUGGAACCAUGACCGUUUGGAUUACAUUCAUCUUCACUAUGUGCACCGUGGUUUUCUUUCACUUGCGGAUCAGCACCGAUGUAUUCACUUCAAUUUAUCUUAUAUUGGUGGAUGCUUACGAACAAAAUUUGGAUUGGUCAACCAAUUCUUGCACGAGAUAUUAACAGACCUAUCAACGAAAAAGAUGAAAUUAGACACUUUAGAAGUGAGAGAUUAUGCUAAAAUCAUAGAUGUCGAGCAACGAAAGCAAGUUCUUUCGAGGAAGAUGAUAUUUCAAUUGCAUCAGCGGAUACAAUCGCGAAUAAACGUUCCUAUAUCAGAGAAGGAAGAUUCAAUCGUACCUCAGAGUGAAUCUCAAUUUCCAUCUCACGUCACAAAACAAUUUCAAAAUGUACUCGAGAGUCGUUUUAGAAGACACAAUUCCACAAUGACAAAUCGUCAGAAACGUAAAUGUCUAUUACAAGUAAUCAAGUGAGUACAGGCCAGUAUUAAAUACAUCAUUACGAAGUAAACUCUAAAAUUAAUAAACCAAUCCAACAAUUUUGUCAAGGUAUUCCUAAUGUGUGAUUUCAGGCAAACGCUUAAAACAUUUUUAAAAAUUUUCUUAAGAAACAAAUAAGGAUUUAAAUAAAAAUAUUU